AUGCAGAUCUAUCCCCUUGGUAGUCAGUGUUUUUGCUCAUCUCAUUCCCUCAAGGCAUGUGGAGUGCAUCGCCUGCUGCUGCGCAUGUGCGCAUCGCUCUCGCCACAAGCGGGACCACGGGGCGGAGGCGGAGGAGACGAGGCGUGCACGCGAGUGAGUGUGCUCAAGGCCACCAAGCAGGCGCUCACACGUGGCUGGCUCCCUCAUGUGUGUCUGCGCCCUCAUGCCGCACCACCACAAGUGCAAGGGGUAGACGGAGGCGGAGGAGCUGCAAUGACGUGGCAGCUUGUGAUUGGACUGGUGUUGCAGCACGUGCAACGUGGUGCUGCCACGGAUGAACGGUAA